UUUACAGUUAAGGCAUUCAGUUUCUACGGCAUUGAUCCCGCUCAUUUAUACAAACUCUGCUUAAGAACUUCAUCAUGGCUGGAGAGAAGAACGACAAUUGGUCGUCUCAGGAAUACCAACACUCAGCCGCCUUUGUACCGAAACUCGCUACAAAAGUGGUACAGUGGCUCGACGUAGGACCAGACGAUGUCAUCCUCGACAUUGGCUGUGGCGACGGCCUGCUAGACGUCGAAUUCGGCCAUGUCCUCGCACAAGGCAAAGGUUUCCUGCACGGCAUCGAUGCUUCCCCAGCCAUGAUCGAGGCGGCCACCGAGGCGGUUGCUGCAGCGGGAGUGCAAUCAAACUGCACCUUCCAUGGCACGUUCCUGGACGCGAAUUCCCUGGCGGGCGCUCCGUCCCUCCCCCGCGACGGAUUCACGAAAGCCUUCUCCAACGCAGCGCUGCACUGGAUCCUGCGGCCCGAGACGGCGGCGGCGGCGUCUUCUUUCUUCGCGGCCGUCCGUGACAGGCUGGUCCAGGGCGGGACGCUCGUGUUCGAGAUGGGCGGGCUCGGCAACGUGGCGGAGAUGCGGACGGCGCUGCUCAUGGCGAGUGCGCGGCGCGUGGGCAUGGCGAGGGCUGUGGCGGCCGAUCCGUGGUUCUUCCCCGACGAGGCGUGGGUGCGUCGCCAACUGGAAGGGCGCGGUUGGGAGGUUGAGAAGGUCGAGAGGGAGUGGCGGCCGACGAAGGCUGGGGAGGGAGGCGUCGAGGGGUGGGUGCGGCUCAUGGGGAAGGAGUUUCUGCGGGCUGUGGAGGAAGAGGCGGGGAAGGAGGCCGUCGAGGAAGUGGUGAGGGAAGCUGCCGAAGCUUUGAGGGUUGUUUGCGACGAUGGUGAUGGUGGGGAGAUGAUUUCCUAUGUUAGGCUGAGAUGUCUGGCUCGGAAGCUGUGACUCCUGUGAGCGAGACGGCGAGGUGAGACCGUGAGACCCCAGUUGAGACCCCAGGCACUCCUAUUUCAGUCGUAAUCAUACGUAUUACGGUACUCCUGUCUAUCUAGGCACUCAGCUGCUUCGGUCCAUGUCCCAAGGGCCAAAACUUGCGACAAGUUCUCAUGGCAAAAGGCGGUGUCGCAACGCGACCAGUUGCUACUAAUCUCACUGUGGAGACAUGAUAUAGAAGAAACCCGUGUGUGACUGCUGUCUAGCAACCCCGCGCAGCACUGUCACGUGACCUAAUAUCCGUGUGAAAUCACAAG